GAAUACCAGAUUGUUGGCCCUCCCCGCCGCUCUCGGUGGUGUCUUUUAAAAUUCAUCGCGCGCACCUCUUCGAGGAGACCCCGACGUGCCCCGCUUCCGUGCGGUCAGAUCGCGCUCCGACUCAGACAAGUGUUUCAUCGAGCCCCGUCAGUGAUAGUUUAUACGCAUCGGUGCCGCGGAAGAGGAAUCAGGAAGGUCCGUUUUAACACACGUCGAUUUGCGAUCGCGCGCAAAAAGUUUCCCGAAUUUUAGACCGGAACUUGCGAGAUCGGAUGGUCGAGCCAUGGCGACUUGGAUUAUCUUGGCUUGGCUGGUGAGUUUAUCGUCGGCCGUUCCCUCUAAUCGAGUACCGGUCCGUGAGAUCCUGCCUCCCCCGCCGCCGUGGGACCAUCAGCAGCAACGCGGCGGAUCCCAUCUUCCCUCUUUCCGGAGAGACGCCGUCGAAAGCUCGCCAAUCCUGCUGACCCCCGGCCGCCUGUCGAAUGAUUUAGAUUACGAUGAGUUCGGCUCGCACAGGUAUCCCCUGCGGGACGCGGUCGAAUCGUUGCCGGCCAACGUGCUGGACGUUAAGUCCAAUCCGACAUUCCGAAACGACUACGAGAGCGACAGCAAAAGGUGGCCCUUGAGAGACGCGGUGGAGCAUCGCGAAGCACCCUUUCUCGGUGUCGACCCAGAUCACGAGUCGAUCUGGAUCGAGCCCGUGGCGCCGCCGACCUUGCGCAGGGCGCAACAGAUUCUCGAACCCAAAAUUGUCUGCCGCUUCAACUCCGAAGCCGUUCACAGAGCGGAACCGUUCUCCCUGUACCCGCAAAAUGUGCCAGAUUACAAGUGCACUCAUCUAAUAUACUCCGCAGCUACCAUCGACAGAAAAGAUUCCAUUGUUCCCAACGAUCCAGAGUACGACCGAGUUAAAGGCGGAUACAACGCUGCCACGGGACUGCGCUUGAAAGAUCCAGCGCUACGCGUGCUGAUAUCCAUCCAACCGAAUCCACAUCGCAGCCUGAUUAUUCAACGGAACGCCAAUCUCUCGAACGACUUCCCAUUGCCAGAAUCUAUUCUCAAAUUUCUCGAGGAAUACCGCUUCGACGGUAUCGAGCUCGAUUGGCCGACCGCCGCCUUGGACUGGCCGCAAUUUAAGAUUCUGCUGAAGCUGAUCGGUGCUCCGUUAGCCAAAAAGGGAUACACCCUCGCGGUAGCGCUGAAACCGGAGGAUCCCGUGGAUCCGGAGCUCGUAUCGAUCGUCGAUCUGAUAAUUCUAAAAAGCUGGCGAGACGUUCAGCUGGCUUGUUCCUCUUGCGAGAAAACGGAGCGCCACGUUCUUCAUCCAGGCCCCUUGAGCUUCAUCGUGCGAAACGCGAGCAAGUGGAUCGAGCAAGUCAGCGCCGAGCAACGAUCGAAGAUCGUCCUCGCUAUCCCGGUUUUUGGUCAGGGGUACACUCUCAAGUUCGGUAAUCUCACCAACGUCGGCGCGCCCGCUCGGAGACCCGGCAAAGAGGGCGCUUACACUAAAUGGCGAGACGGAAAGUUAGCUUAUUACGAGGUGUGCGAAAAAUUGGAAAGAGGUUUGUGGGUUUCUGGCAGAGACGAGGAAGGACCGUACGUGAAGCGCGGUGAUCAGUGGAUUGGUUACGAUGAUCCUAUAUCGGUUAAGAUCAAAACGGCGUUUGUCCGGGCGAUGGGACUCGGCGGGGUUUCGUUAUGGUCACUGGAUCUAGAUGAUUUUCAGGGUAUUUGCGGAAAUCCUUGGCCAAUGCUGAACGCAGCAGUGCGAUCCUUGGGAUAUUAUGAGAACGCUCCGACAAAGAAGUGUCCGAAGGACGGUCUCUUCAGGGAUCCAAAAAGUUGUUACGCAUUUUAUUCUUGCGUCAAAGGAAUGCUACAUCAUCGUCAGUGCGGGCACAACCGAUUCUUCGAUCUGAUGGAGGGACGCUGCGUGACGGCCACCCCGAAUGAGGCAAUAAAGAUCUGCAAGGACAAUGUUUUUGAUAAAAUCGUUAGUCAAGAUACAUCGACGACAUCGCAGAAAAAGAAAUUGCAGCAGACCGGCCCGCGAGUAGCGUGUUACAUGACGUCCUGGGCGCUGUAUCGCAAAGGAGACGGCAAAUUCGCGCCGGAACACCUGGACUCGAGUCUCUGCACCGAUAUUGUCUACGCAUUUGCCGGAUUGAAUCCCGAGACCUUGCUGACUCAACCGUUCGAUCCUUGGGCCGACAUCGACAACAAUUUGUACCAGCGAGUAACUUCGAUCAAAGGGUCAAGAGUAUUACUAGCAUUGGGCGGAUGGACCGAUAGUUCCGGUGAUAAGUAUUCUCGAUUGAUCAGUAGCGGCGUCACUCGUCGUAAAUUCGUCAUCGCCACGGUAAAUUUCCUGAAGAAGUACAAUUUCGACGGUCUAUCGUUCGAAUGGAGCUAUCCCAAAUGCUGGCAAAGCGACUGUAAGAAAGGUCCGGAUUCCGACAAGCCAAACUUUACCAAGCUGAUACAAGAGCUGCGAGAGGAAUUCAACAAGCAGGACCCGCCCCUUCUAUUGGCCGUUGCCCUGUCGGGAUACAAAGAGGUCAUCGACAAGGCGUACGAGGUGCGCGAAAUCUCGCAGGCCGUCGACUUCAUGUCGGUCAUGACGUACGAUUAUCACGGAGCGUGGGAAUCCAAGUUGGCACACAUAGCGCCCUUGUUCGGCUCACCAACCGACAGCAAACCCUAUUAUAACGUCAAUUUCACCUUGAACUACCUCGUCGGUCUCGGCGCUGAAAAAUCCAAGCUUCUGAUCGGCAUCCCGCUAUACGGGCAGUCUUACCGACUUUCGACGGCGAGCCAAGCCGAACUGGGUGAUCCCUCGACUGGUCCCGGCAAGCCGGGAGAAUUCACAAAGCAACCUGGAAUGUUGGCGUAUUACGAGAUUUGCGAUAGGAUCAAGCGGCACAAGUGGAAAGCGGGAGUCGGACCAAGUGCUCACUUCGAGGAUCAGUGGGUAGGUUACGAAGAUCGAGAAAGCGUCUACGCUAAGGGCAAAUACAUUAUAGCAAAUGGUUAUGGCGGGGCUACAAUGUGGACUGUCGACCUAGAUGAUUUUCAAAAUCUCUGCUGUUUGGAGUCGUAUCCUCUACUGAAAACUAUAAAUCGCGCGCUAGGUCGUUUGUUGACUCCCAUUUCGGAGGGCUGCGAGCGUCCACCGCAGCCCGUGACACCCCAAGCACCGAUCCUAACUACUCACAGUGACGCUGCGGACGGUAAUCCGCAAUCCACCACGCCAAUGACAACGUCUAGCACCAAAGCGACCACGUGGCCCACGUGGACGGAGAGACCGAUCACCACGACGACUCAACAGACGACCAGAACCACAUGGCCAUCGUGGAUCUGGACCAGCCAGAAGCCCACCAAUAUUCCGGAAAGUGUGACAAAGCCUAGCGAAAUUACAAAACCAAGCACAACGCCUAGCAGCACCACGAGAGCACCGACUACGCGGCCGACUACGACGCAGGAACCGAUUGCUACCAGUCCGGAAACAAACUGUAUCAAUGGCGAGUAUUACCGCGAUCCCACAAACUGCGGAAAUUAUUACAGAUGUGACCGCGGCGAAUUGAAACGCGAACAAUGUGCACCAGGAUUGCACUGGGACGCGAAUCGACAACUGUGCGAUUGGCCAUCGGCGGCUAAAUGUCAAACUGAUUCGAGUUCGACGACAAGCAGUCCUUCAUGGAGUUCAACGAAAAGGCCAUCCACUACAACCACCAGAGUUACCAGACCGACGUCGACGACAACUACGAUAACGACGACGACGACGACGACGACGAUGGCAACCACGAAGCUCACUACGUCGAAACCUGCUGUUGUUAUGGGACCGACGCAAAAACCGCAAAAGCCAUGUCAACAUGGGCAAUAUUAUCCCUAUCCGAAUUCAUGCACGAGUUUCCUGGUUUGCGUGAAUGGUGAUCUCGUUUCGCAACAGUGCGGUCCAGGCUUAAACUGGAAUACCGAGAAAAACAUGUGCGAUUGGGCUUUCAAGAGCCCAUGUGCCGAGAAACCUCACAAGAAUGCCCUGCUCGUGGAUAAGGAUACUGCUCCGGCCGCUUGCAUCUCCGGCAGCUACAGCGCCGUACCGGGUGACUGCACAAGCUAUCAGGCGUGUCUUUGGGGUCGUCAAGAGGUGUUUAGUUGCGCGCCGGGUUUGCACUUUAACCAGGAGACUCGUAUCUGCGAUUGGCCGUCUCGAGCAAAAUGUACAGAUGACGAUGGCGACAAAGAAAUCACCACGCAACCGGCAACGACAAUCACGUCCUCUCGGCCAUCAAUUCCGCAGAAACCGACCACCCAACCAGCAUUUACUACGGAAACGGUAUCGACUACGUCGACCAUGAGUCAACCUACGUCAACUUUGCCUCCAGCGAUUAUAGACCCCGACAAGGUGUCCCCGCUGUCCGGCUAUUACAAAGUUGUGUGCUAUUUCACCAACUGGGCUUGGUACCGUCGUGGAAUAGGCCGUUACCUGCCGGAACAUAUCGAUCACACUCUGUGCACGCAUAUCGUGUACGGUUUUGCGGUGCUCGACUAUUCUGAACUGGUGAUCAAGGCGCACGAUUCUUGGGCAGACUACGACAAUCGUUUUUACGAGCGAGUGGUGGCAUAUAAAAAGCGAGGUCUCAAAGUGCUUCUCGCGCUAGGCGGAUGGAACGAUUCGGCCGGCGACAAAUACAGCCGAUUGGUGAAUAGUCCAUCAUCUAGGAAGAAAUUCAUCAAUCAUGUUAUUCAGUUUAUUGAAAAGUAUGGUUUUGAUGGAUUAGAUUUGGAUUGGGAGUAUCCUGUUUGCUGGCAGGUGAAUUGCAACAAGGGCCCAGAUUCGGAUAAAGAGAGCUUUGCAGCUCUAUUGCGGGAAUUAAGCGCUGAAUUCAAGCCAAAGGGAUUGCUCCUCUCGGCAGCGGUCUCACCGAGUAAGAAAGUGAUCGACAAAGGUUACGAUGUGCCGGCAUUGGCCAAGUAUCUGGACUGGAUCGCCGUCAUGGCAUACGACUAUCACGGCCAAUGGGAUAAACGAACUGGCCAUGUCGCGCCCUUGUAUUAUCACCCGGAUGAUGAGUUCUACUAUUUCAACGGUAACUAUUCGAUCAAUUAUUGGAUCUCGAAGGGCGCGCCACCCAGAAGCAUCGUAAUGGGUAUGCCGUUGUACGGACAAUCUUUCACAAUCAACGAUCCAAGAGCUGGAACUGGUCUGAAUUCUCCGGCAAGUGCCGGAAACGCUGGGGAGUUCACCAGAGCUGCUGGUUUUCUGUCUUACUACGAGAUCUGCGAUCGAGUGCGUAAUCGCGGUUGGACGGUGGUACAGGAUGCCGAGGGUAGAAUGGGCCCAUACGCCUACAAGGGCAGUCAAUGGGUCAGUUUUGAUGACAAGGAGAUGAUCAGGCGGAAAGCGCAGUUCGUGCGCGACAUGGGUCUGGGUGGUGGUAUGGUAUGGGCUCUGGAUUUGGACGAUUUCCGUGGACGGUGUAACGAUGGGCCCCAUCCAUUAAUGCGCACAAUCCAACAAGUGUUAGCGGAACCAUCGAAGAAGCACGACAAGCCUUUGAAGCCAGCAUCGAGUCCACCACCGAUAACACCAAUAACUGUCAGGCCUACGCAAGCGAUACGACCAACUACUACAGUGGAUCGCGGUACACAGGACAGUUCCAAGAACGAAGAUGAAUUUAAAGUUAUCUGCUAUUUUACUAAUUGGGCCUGGUAUCGACAGGAGGGUGGCAAAUUCGUGCCGGAAGAUAUAGAUCCCGAUCUCUGUACUCACGUGCUUUACGGAUUCUCCGUGCUCGACGGUAGCAGUUUAACGAUAAAGUCCCACGAUCCCUGGGCUGACAUAGAUAACAAAUUUUACGAGAGGGUGGUAGAGUUUAAGAAAAAAGGUCUGAAGGUGCUAAUGGCGCUGGGUGGUUGGAACGAUUCGGCUGGUGAUAAGUACAGCAAACUGGUGAAUUCGCCGUCAGCCAGGCGAAGAUUCAUUACGCAAGCUCUUGACUUUAUCGAAAAAUAUGGUUUCGAGGGUCUCGAUCUCGAUUGGGAAUAUCCGGUAUGCUGGCAAGUGGACUGCAACAAGGGCCCGGAAUCUGACAAGCAAAGCUUCGCUGAAUUCGUGAAGGAACUGAGCGACGAAUUUAAGCCGCGAGGAUUGCUUCUCUCUGCAGCCGUCUCGCCGAGUAAAAGGGUAAUCGACGCGGGAUACGACGUUCCCGUCUUGUCUAAAUACCUGGACUGGAUAUCCGUGAUGACGUACGACUUCCAUGGUCAAUGGGACAAGAAGACAGGCCACGUAGCACCAUUGUACGGUCUUCCGAACGACUGGGAACCGACAUUUAAUGCGAACUUUUCGAUUCACUAUUGGAUAGAAAAAGGUGCAAAUCCGAAAAAAAUAGUUAUGGGCGCUCCAUUGUAUGGACAAUCAUUUUCACUUGCGGAGAGAAAAGUACAUGGAUUAAAUGCACCAACUUAUGGCGGCGGCGAAGCUGGAGAGGCGACCAGAGCAAGAGGUUUCUUGUCAUAUUACGAGAUAUGUGAAAGAACGUUGAAGAAGGGAUGGACAAUUGUUCAAGAUAGAGAGAGAAGAAUUGGUCCCUAUGCCUACAAAGGUGACCAAUGGGUGAGUUUUGAUGACGCUCAACAAAUCAAACUGAAGGCAGAACUGAUAAAAAAACUUGGCCUCGCCGGUGGUAUGGUUUGGGCCUUGGAUCUGGACGACUUUAAGAACAGAUGCGGCUGCGAGCCUAGUCCGCUAUUGAGGACGAUGAAUCGAGUUUUGAGGAACUAUCCAAAGGGUCCGCUGUGUCCUAUUACGGAAGGUACAGAAGUGAUUGUAAUCGAUGUCAGCCAAACCGACAUCGAAUCUACAACGACCACCAAACGUCCAAUAUAUGAGCCCACUACGUCAGAAAAACCAAUAUAUCUUCCACCAUCAACAGUUCCAACAACAACGACUGAAGAUCCAAAUAUCGACGAUACCAUCGAGAUCGAAGCCAGCCCGCCACCUCCGGCGGAUUGCGGAGGACAGUUAUUCAUACCGCACAAAGACGACUGCACCAAGUAUUAUCUGUGCAACUUCGGCAAGAUCUCGGAACAGUCCUGUCCACCUGGACUUUACUGGAACGAAGACCGAUGCGACUGGCCGGAGAACACUAAGUGCAAAACUGCUGAACGUCAAAGCAGCCUAUCGCCGAGAUUUAAACGCUCCGAGAAUGUAAAGAAUGAGAAAAAGGUGGUUUGUUACUAUACGAAUUGGGCUUGGAGGCGGGCAAGCUUCGGCAGCUUCAAACCCGAGGACAUUGACGGCCAGCUCUGCACACACAUCGUGUACGCCUUCGCUACGCUGGACGCGCAAACAUUUCUCCUGAACAUCGACGAUUCUACCGAGUUUUACAGGAGCUUUCUCAACAAAACGGCGGAAAUUAAAAGAAGUAACGACGUUAAGGUGCUGCUCGGUCUAGGUGGAUGGAACGACUCAAAGGACGACAAGUACAGCAGAUUGGCGGGCGAUCCGCAAUCUAGAAAAAAUUUCGCCGGAUAUGUCGAAGGAGUCAUCGAGCAGUAUGGAUUCGAUGGUCUGGAUCUUGAUUGGGAGUUUCCCGUAUGCUGGCAGGGUGACUGUAGCCGCGGUCCUCGUCAGGACAGGGAGAACUUCCUCGGAUUACUACGAGAUCUCAGCGAGGCGUUAACACCUAAAGGACUCCUAUUGUCCAUCGCGGUCUCGGCGAACAAGAUCGCCGUCGACCGAGGCUACGUCAACAUUUCGCAGAUAGCACAGUACGUAGACUGGGUCGGCGUGGUGGCGUACGACUAUCAUUCUGGCUGGGGAAGCGAAACCGGUCACGUCGCGUCGCUCUAUCAUCACCCCGAUGAAAUCAGUCCGUUCCUGAACGCGAACUUCUCCGUGAGGUAUUGGAUCAAAAAGGGUAUGCCAGCUGAGAAGAUCGUCAUGGGCAUACCCACCUACGGAUCGAGCUUCACCUUAGCCGAAGAAUCGCAGAAUCAGGUCCGCGCGAACGCGUCCGGACCCGGAGAACCUGGCAAAUUCACGAGAUCGGCCGGUUUCCUGGCUUACCACGAGAUAUGCGAUAACGUGAAGAACGACGGUUGGGUCGUGACGAAGGAUCCGGAGGGCCGCGUAGGACCGUACGCGUCGAAACACGAUCAAUGGGUUAGCUACGACGACGUAUCCAAUGUAGUGAAAAAGGCUGAGUUGAUAAAGGAGCUGAAUCUCGGCGGCGGAAUGAUCUGGUCCAUGGACCUGGACGACUUCAAAGGCCUGUGCGGCUGCGGAAGGUUUCCGCUCCUGACGGCCCUGAAUCGCGGACUCGGCAAAGGGGACGGCAACACGACGGACUGCACUUGAAUUGCGGAGAAAUCGCGAAAGGGUGAUAAUACGUGCCUCGAGAAACCUCUUAUCGCUCGCGUACUCGAUCCUUCACUCGAAAUACCGGUUCGUUUCUUAUCUUCACACAUUUGCUGGCGUAUCGAAUUCUCUUAUCGACGCUCGCUCUCGUGAAAUAUACAAACAUUGCGAUUUGAUGAUUCAGUUCGAAAAACGGCGUGCGAGGAUCAACUGUUCUUCUUUCGUUGCCUUACAAUCACAAGAGUUAGAUUCUUCCUGAUAAUCACAAGUCUCAGAUUUUUCUCAGCAAACAGGCUGAGUCAAACGACGUCUUAGUAACAUCCUCGUCAUGUCUCCAUCGUCAAUAAGAUAUCACUGAAACGUCAUCUUGUUAGCUGGAUUCUAAAGUGUUUAAUGUUAAAUAUAUCGUUAAGUCACGCAAGUUGCUCAAAGAAAUCGCAUUUAUAACAAAUAAUGUCUUUUAUAAAAGCAGCGUACGAAUGCUGCGAAUGGGAUUGUCUCGUCUCGAGUGUCAUCUCAUUGAUGAUCGAGUGCUAUUCCACGCAGAGACUGUUAGCGUAACGCAGAUGAUACGUCGAUGACUCCCAUUGUACGUCGUUCGAUUUUCUAUCGCAAUAUAGAUAAAGCAAAUAAAACGGCUCAGCGAUUCGCUCGAACGUGGAAAUUUUCGAUCGAUUACGUAAGAUUCUCGCGCGAUAUUUGAGUCGCGUAAAAAUUUCUCGCGACAGAUAAGAUAUUACGUUUACGUUUUAAUGCGUUGUGUGGCGUGCAUCACGAGUGCAUCGGUAACGAGACAAUGUAUUGCGACACUUUUCCGGAUGACGUGAAUGGGAGCUUUGCGGAGGUGGAGAGAAGGGAAAGGCGACGGAGAAAGAUCGCGAGGAAUGCUCGUACGCAUCACGAGCGAAGUCUCCUACCGGCGUGUGUGCGUUUACGUCACCUGCGAAGAUUAGAAUUCUAGCGUAAGUGUUUUAUAAUUAAUCGCACCCUGCCAUGUGCCUUUAUCAAGAAUACGACUGACGAAGUGAUUACCCGUGGAAUCGACGAGGGUCAACAAAGCGACUAUGGAGAUAAAUUAUGUAUGACUGCUGUUUAUAUAAACACAUUACUGAAUCAAUAAAUCAUCAUACCGAUA